AUAACACGGAGUACUGUAAGAUAGACCAUUGGCCUUUGGGGUUUUGUGUAGAUACUGUGCUUAUUUACAUACUUGUUCAUGUUUAUGCGAUUGCCGUAAGUGAAGAUGUCGGUAUCUACUACAUCAUGCGGAUCUAAAUGGCGUUUGCAAUGUGCUAUGCUUUUGCUUGCUAUCGUGCGGGCCUCUUUUGCGGACAUUCGAUAUUCUGUUCCAGAGGAGACAAAGACAAAACAUGUAAUCGGGAGCUUAAGUAGUGACCUUCGUUUGGAUGUUAAGCGACUGAGGGUUCGGAAGGCCCGAGUUGAUUACCAGGGAGAGAAACGGUACUGUGGAGUAGACUUGGACUCCGGAGAUCUCAUUGUUCUCGAGAGAAUCGACAGGGAGACGCUUUGUGAAACUACCUCACCCUGUAUCUUGCAUUUUGAGUUCAUCCUGGAAAAUCCUUUGGAGCUGCACAAUAUUGGGCUGGAAAUACAGGACAUAAAUGACAACCCACCUCUUUUCCCCAAGGAUUUAAUCAAACUGGAAAUAAGCGAAUCUGCAACAACAGGCAGUAGAUAUAAAAUAGCUUCUGCUCGAGAUUUAGAUGUAGGCAUUAACUCCGUUCAAAGCUAUGUGCUUGGUCAAAAUGGUUAUUUUGUUUUAGAUGCAAAAAUCAGCAAAGAAAGGUAUGUUGAAAUUGUAUUGCAAAAUAGUCUCGACCGAGAGAAGGACGGUGAACAUUCUCUAAUGRUAACGGCAAUUGACGGGGGGAAUCCACUUCGGUCUGGUAGUGUUACAAUAAAUAUUCUCGUAAUUGAUGUAAAUGAUAACGGUCCAAUAUUUUCGCAAGCUGUGUAUACGGUAACCGUUUUUGAAAAUUCACCACAAGGUACCUCCCUGCUCAAGGUAAGCGCAACUGAUAAAGAUGAAGGUGCUAAUGGUCACAUUACAUAUUACAUUAAUCAUGUGUCCGAAAACACAAAGCGUUUAUUCAAUAUUGACCAAAACAGUGGGGAGAUUACUGCAAUUGGCGAGCUUGACCACGAAAAGGCCUCUUCUUAUGAAGUGGAGAUACAGGCAGAGGAUGGCGGGGGGCAGGCCGGACACUGCAAAGUCCUCGUUGAAGUAUCUGACAUAAAUGACAAUGCACCCACAAUAACUGUGAAAUCAGUCACCAAUCCGAUUCCAGAGAACAUCCCAGCGGGCAUUGAAUAGCUGUUAUUAAUGUAAAGGAUCAGGACCAUGGAGAGAACAGCAGAGUGAAGUGCAACAUUGCGGAAAACCUACCUUUUAAACUCCAAUCCUCAAUUAAAAACUACUUUACCUUAAUAAGCAGCGCCCCUCUGGAUCGAGAGCAAAUCUCUGAAUAUGAUGUCACCAUAAUAGCAACCGAUGGAGGAACGCCGUCAUUGUCUUCYAGUGUUAUUUUGAGUUUCCACAUUUCUGAUAUAAAUGACCAACCCACCGUAGUUUGAGAACAAUCCUACAGCACCUAUGUGACUGAAAAUAACAAGCCGGGCUCCUCUAUGUGUUCUGUUACUGCCAGAGACCCAGACUGGAGACAGAACGGACA